AUGGGCGCAAUGCCCUCAGCUUACAUUUUUCAAGAAGCUAUGAAUCGCCUCAUGAAAGGCCUUGGCGACGUCUUAACGUACUUAGACAACGUCCUCUGUGUCACCAAAGGUGACUUCAAAGACCACCUUCAACGGCUAGAACUAUGUCUCCAACGGCUCCACAAAGCCGGCCUUAAGGUUAAUUUACCCAAAUCUGAGUUUGCAACUCAACAAUUCAAAUACUUAGGCUACUUGGUCUCACGCCAAGGCAUUCGCCCUAUUGCUUCAAAAGUGGAAGCGAUUCAGCGGUUGAAACCCCCAAAAACUUUGAAACAAUUACGCUCAUUCCUUGGCAUGCUCAAUUAUUACCGUGAUAUGUGGGAAAAGCGCUCACACAUGUUAGCUCCAUUUACUGAACUAAUCAAAUCAAGCAAAAAAGGACGUCCAUUAAUAUGGAAACAAGAACACACAGAAGCGUUCAAACAUGUGAAACGAGUGAUUGCAAAAGACACUAUGCUUGCAUUCCCUGAUUUCUCCAAACCUUUCACAAUACACACUGAUGCUCGCGACUUCCAGCUUGGUGGAGUGAUUUCCCAAGAAGGAAAACCUAUUGCUUUCUAUAGCAGAAAAUUAAAUCCUGCGCAAAGAAACUACACAACAGGAGAACGCGAAAUGUUGUCAAUCGUUGAAACAUUACGCAAAUACCGCAACAUCUUGCUUGGUUGCGAAAUUAUUGUAUAUACCGACCACAAAAAUCAUACAGACCCGAAAACCAUUUCUCAAUCCCCAAGAAUCCAACGAUGGAGAUGGAUCAUUGAAGAAUUUGGGCCAGACAUAAGACAUAUCGAUGGAUCUGCCAAUGCGGUCGCCGAUUGCUUAAGUCGUAUGGACGCAGACUUCAUGACAAAAUAUGACAAAUUUGACGAAGUCCAACUAGCUGAAAGGUUCGACAUGGACUCGCUGGAAGGUUAUAAGGCGGAGAAAUAUCAAUUCCCCCUCGACACCGGUCUAAUCGCAGAGUAUCAAAAGAAAGAUAAAACUCUAAUGCGACAUUUACAAAACCAUCCAGAAUACUUUUCCAAAGAGGUGCAUGGCACCGAAAUAAUCUUAUUCCACAAAAAGAUUUAUGUUCCUAAGCCACUACGACAGCAUGUUCUACAGUGGUAUCAUGACAUGUUACAGCACCCUGGCGUAACACGAACUGAGCGAACCAUUCGCCAACACCUAACUUGGCCAGGUCUACGACACGACGUCGAGACUCACGUGAAGCAUUGCCGCAAAUGCCAACUAUGUAAAAAUCCAAAACUUAAAUACGGCAAACUGCCAGUAAAAGAAUUUACCUAUAAGCCUUGGAACACCAUUUGUGUCGAUCUUAUCGGUCCUUACACCGUAUCUACAAAAGACGGAAAAGAUAUCAAACUACACGCCAUGACGAUUUGUGAUCCAGCGACUGGAUGGUUCGAAAUUGUAGAAAUUGAUGACAAAAAGUCACUUACUACAUCAACGAUGCUCGACCGCGUAUGGUUCUCACGAUAUCCAAGACCUCAAGAAUGCAUUUUCGACAAUGGUAAAGAAUUCCUUGGCGAAGAAUUCCAAGAACUACUAAAAAGUUAUGGAAUCAAACCGGUCCCUACAACAGUCAAGAACCCUCAAGCUAAUUAUGUGGAACGGAUCCACCAAACGCUCGGAAACAUGCUCCGUACAAACGAAUUAGAGGAAUUUGACUUCGAUUAUAAUGAUCCUUGGACCCAAAUCUUAAGCAGCUGCGCUUGGGCUAUUCGCUCCACUAUCCAUACUGUCAUGGAAGCGAUAGUCUUCGGUCGUGAUAUGCUUUUCGACCUCUCAUUUAAAACGAAAUGGCGCGAUAUUAAAAGCAAACGUCAACAAGCCGCAAAUAAGAAUAACGCGCAAGAAAACUCCAAACGCCAGCCACAUAUAUACCGCGUGGGUGAUUUGGUCCUCCUUGAUCGCGGCAAAUUGCAACAAAAACUCCUGCCCAAACGAACAGGUCCAUAUCAAGUACUCUGUGUCUACGACAAUGGCACAAUCAAACUCCGACGUGGCUUCUAUGCACAACGCGUAAGUCUCCGACGAUGCGUUCCUUACUACACCCCCAUCAACGCUUGA